UCAACAAAUAAAUAUCCGGACAAGUUUUCCACACGCGUUGAAAGCCGUACUAAAUCGAGUUAAUUAAAAAAAUUAAACAUUUUCUGAAUUUUAGAAAUAGCCUGAAAUGACAAUGUCAAACCUACAAUUGCCCGUGGAUUGUGUGGGCCACAAGGGAGAUGUGGUCCAGCUGGCCUACAGCAAGGUCUGCAAAUCGGGCUACUACUUGGCUUCGGCCAGCCAGGAUGGGCAGGCGAUGUUGCGUCAUGGCGACACCGGUGACUGGGUGGGCACCUUUGAAAAGGACGGCGAGCCGAUUCUCAGCGUGGACAUCAACGGAGAGGCGACACGGCUGGCCACAGGCGGCGAGGAUUGCACGGCGCGCAUCUGGAAUGCAGUCGACGGCAAGCAACUGACAAAGAUUAUGCUUAACUCACCCGUACGCUGUGUGGCGCUGGGCGCCAAUUCGGAAUAUCUGGCCGUGGGCUGUUUGGAUCGCAAGACUGGCCAUCGCACCGACAAGGUGCUCUAUCUGUACACACUCGAGCAGCCGGAUAUGCCUACCUUCUUUGAGGGACAGACGCGCGGCAUGCGCGAUGUGCUCUUCUGUCGUGAUGACCGCGCGCUGCUCUCCUCCUCGCACGAUCGCUCCAUACGUCUCUGGGAUCGACUGAGCGGUCGGCAGGCGCACUCCAUAGCCCUGCCGCAUCAUGCCAAGUCGGUGGAGCUGUGCGCCGACGGACGCACCGUGACGAUUGCCUAUGGCCACAGUGUCGUCUUUCUCGAUGUCGAUCGCUUUGAGGUGCUGCAGCAUCGCAAGCUGCCCGUCCGUCUGAUCGGUGUAUCACUGCAUCCCGAGAAGAAGACGUACGUGUGCGCUGGUAGCAAUCGUUGCAUCUACAAGUGCGACUAUGCCACGGGCGAAAUCCUGGAGACGUUCAAUGCCCACGAACGCCACAUGCACUGCAUCAAGUACAGUCCCGAUGGCGAGGUUUAUGCCUCAUCGGCGGCCGAUGGCGGGCUUCGCCUGUGGCAGCAAACGGUGGGCAAGAAAUACGCAUUGUGGGAUACACGAAGCGAUCAGAGCGAAGACAACGACGCACAGCCGGAAUCCGGGGGCGAUCAGAACUGACACAAGAAAUACACAACAACACAAAAACCAUCCUGAAAACUGGAACUCAACUGUAGUUGUACACGUGUUUUGCGUUCCUCUGCCUUUAUUUUCAUCAGUUUCUUCAGUUUGGUUUCAAUAAUAAUAAAAAGAA